GGAGCUGUGACGCUAGCAGUGUGAGCUCGGAGUCCGUACCUGCGCACGUGCAGUCCCGCUGGCGGCCUGAUGGCGGCACUGCGUCUUCCCGCAGAGCUGUGGCUGCGCAUCUUCAGCUACCUGCCCUGGAGAGACAAGCUGCGCAUGCGCUGCACCUGUUCCCAUUUCCGGAGCCUGUUGGACGACUCGAGCGCCCUCUGGCGGGGCUUCAGCGUGCUGCUUCAGGACCUUUCCCGGUACAACCGCAGGUUCUGGCGCAGUCUGGCCCGGUGGCAGGUGCGCGUGGUGCGGCUGCGUGCGGCUGGGAAGAAGGACCUCCAGCUGCUGUGCUCGCGUCUGCCGCUGCUGGACGCGCUCUGUCUGGAUCGCUGGAUGGAGCGGGAGGUCCGGGAGCUGCAGGUUCUGGGCCGACUGCAGCGCCUGUCUCUCACGUCCGGCUGCACGCCGCUCAGCAAAUUGGACUUCCUGGUUCCGCUGAGCGAUCAGCUGACACAGCUCACGCUGUGUAACGUGCAGCUCACCUGUCCACCUGCUCACCUGCUGGCUGCGGUGACUCAGCUGCGCAGACUCACCUCUCUGCAGCUGCAUCACGACGGCAGUUUGAGAAUUCGGACGCUGUGCGGCGUCCUUGGUCACCUGAGCCAGCUCAGACACCUGUCCUGGACCAUGAUCACCUACAAGACGCUGCCGCAGGACUUCUUCGGCCCCGCCCACCUCCCAGAUGGCGCAGCAGCUCUACAGCUGUCGCAUCUUCAGCUGCUUAAUUAUGACGCCGUGGUGACGCAGGACGUCCUGCAGCCUUUGUCCCGCCUCCAGAGCCUGUCGGUGCUGCACCUGUACUCCGUACCUGGACCCACCUGUCACCUGCAGACAUGGCUGACGUCAUUGCCAGAACUCUCCUGUCUCAGCGUGCACGGAGGUCAUCCUCUGGCUGCGUACGCAGACUUCCUUCCACCAUCUCUGCUCAGUCUGACCCUCAGCGUGGAUCUCCAGCCUGAAGACCUGCAGGUCGUCUCAGCGAGGGCUCCUGGUCUGGAACACCUCCACCUGGAGCCUUGGGGAUCGUCUUCUAGCCUGAUUAAGCUCCUUCCACGCCUGUUUCCUCACCUGAAAACGCUGGCUAUCAGGCAUCAUGGAGUGUCAGAAGAGGACUUCCUGCUUCUGCAGGAGCUGAAACAUCUCCACACCGUGGAAAUUCUGGAUGUGUAUCAUCGGCCUAAUCCAAAAGAGCCCAGCUGGGUCCUUUAUGAGCCCAGUCCUCACCUGCUGCAGCUCACCUGUAAGCUGGAGGAACAUACCAAUCGCAGAGUGCAAGUGAUCACAUACUCGCGUAAAAACGUUCUGAGCUGCGACUGCACAUGAUCUGAAGAGCAGCUGUGAAGACUCCUGACAUCACCGCGUGACCUUCUGACCAUUUUUAAAAGAUUUGGGUUUUUUUUUGCCAGAUUUUCUUAACACGACUCAAUAGAAAAAUGCUCCUUUUGCAACCAGCCUCCAGUGGUCGUGUGAGGAACUGCUGCAUUUUUUUUUUAACUUGUCCGGUCCAACAGCUGAGCCAACAGAUGUGGGCUGAGAGCUUCUUGAGUUGGGCAGAUUUUUUAUCAAAUACUUUUAUUGAUUUUUGCUCUCUUUCCAACACAAACACCUCCCUCCCACACAAGUAUACUCACCCAAAUCUCAGCAUACAAGUAAAUUAUACGUAAAGUAUAAUAAAAUAAUUACUUAUACAUACUUUACAAAUAUAAAUAAAUUAAGAAAAAUAAAUAAAUAGGUAAUUAAAUACAUUUAAAAAUAAAUAAAAAUAAAAACACAUUAUACAGAAUUUAACUAAUUGUAAAGAUGUAGUAGGCAAAGCAAAUAAAGAAAACAAAAUAUAGUCAUCCCUUUGGCCUUUUCCUCAUUUCCCAUCCAGCUUUCCUUUCUUCCCUCAGCUGGAACACAAGAUCACCUUUACUUAAAGCAGAUGUAGUUUAGUCAGCUAUUGUUUGGCCACUAAGCUUUAGAGACUGAUCAUUCAAAAAGGUAGUAAAUGGAGUCCAGAUUUCAUGAAAAUCUGCAGCCUUGUCCCUCACAAUAUAUGUUAAUUUUUCUAGGGCCAAAGACAUUUCUUUCAACCACUGGUUAGUGGUUGGCCUCUGGACAUUCCUCCAGUUCAGAGCUAUGACCCUUUUAGCCUGUAGCAGCGAAAAAUCUAUUAAUUUAUAUGUUUUUGAAUUUAUUUUUAAAUCUUUAGGGUACAUAUGUAGCAUGCAUAGUUUGGGAUCUAAAGGGAUAACACAUGUUGUCAACUUGGAUAUUAAGUGGAGUUCUGUCCAAAAUAUUUGGAGCUUUUCACCAUCCCAUAAACAAUGAAGCAGAGUCCCUUUUUCUGUGUUACAUUUAGUUAGGGAUGUCCCGAUCAGGUUCUUUUGGGCCCGAUCCGAUUCCGAGUCAUUUGAUUUUGUGUAUCUGCCGAUACCGAGUCCUGAUCCGAUACUUUUAUAAGACAUUUAAAACAUGAAUAAAUUA